AUGGAGAGAAUGAAGAAGUGCCCCUUCACCAGCGUCAUCCCUUACGGGACGCUGUACGAUAAACUGAAAAAGGAAAAGAUGGGCCAGCUGCCCGAAGAUGUCAUGAUCGAGGAGUUCAACCAGCUGCUCACAACCUACGAAAGGCCGAGCCCCUAUGACGCCAACGGACUCAUUCACGUGUCUAAUGAAAAGGAUUUGAUCCUCUUCCAGAUUGACAUAGAAUAUACCGUGGACAGCAUCUUCAAGAGCAUGGUCUUUACAAAUGAUAUGACUCCCAAUGGAAGAGUCCUACCUGACAUCUACUCUCCUUACCGAAGCAUGUUUCAAAACAAUGAAAAGAAUUACAUCUCGGUACCAGUCAUCCGCAUUUACACCGUUACGAAUGAUGGGUAUAGUGUCCUGGUCAAUGUGCACAACUUCUUCCCCUACUUCUACGUCGAGAUGCCCAGCACCUUUGAACAGGAAGACCUACUGAAGCUAGAGUGCAUGAUGAAUGAAAAUCUUAACAUGAACAGCCAAUACAAAAUGUAUGACCAAAAAAUUCUUAACAUUGAAGUGGUCAAAACGGAAAGUCUAAUGUAUUAUAAGCGAGAUGGAAAAAAAGACUUUCUCAAAAUCACCGUCCUACUGCCCAAAAUGGUUCCUACUUUGAAGAAGUUAUUCGAAAAUGUGAUUAAUGUGAAUGGAAAAAACAUAGGUGGCAUCGUGUAUGAAGCAAAUUUACCUUUCAUUCUACGUUACAUAAUCGAUAAAAAAAUCACCGGUUCUUCUUGGCUGCUGUGUAAAAAAGAUAAAUUUCACAUUCGACCAAGACACAAAAAAAUAUCCAACUGCUCCUUCGAAAUUGAUAUAUCCUAUGAACAUGUAGAACCCAUGCCAUUAGAAAACGAGUACCAGCAAAUUCCAAAAUUAAGAAUUGUAUCGUUCGAUAUAGAAUGUAUUAAGCUAGAUGGAAAAGGAUUCCCCGAAGCAAAAAACGACCCAAUAAUACAAAUAUCUUCCAUACUCUACUUUCAAGGGGAUCCUAUUGAAAAAUGUGCUAAGUUUAUAUUCACUCUAAAGGAAUGUGCUAGCAUCCCGGGGUCUAACGUCAUAUGGUUCAAUGAUGAAAAAACCUUACUAGAUGCAUGGAAUGAAUUCAUUAUUAAACUCGACCCAGAUUUCCUAACUGGUUAUAAUAUUAUUAAUUUCGAUCUACCCUAUAUCCUGAACAGAGGUACUGCUCUCAAUUUAAAAAAAUUAAAAAUGCUAGGAAGAAUAAAAAACUUCAGCAGUGUUGUUAAGGAGUCCACAUUCGCAUCGAAGCAAUUUGGAAACCAUGAAACGAAAGAAAUUAAUAUAAAUGGAAGGAUACAAUUUGAUGUGUACGAUCUUAUAAGAAGAGAUUACAAACUCAAGUCAUACACACUGAACUACGUCUCCUUCGAAUUUUUAAAAGAACAGAAGGAAGAUGUACACUACAGCAUUAUGAAUGAUUUACAAAAUGAAAGUCCAGAGUCAAGGAAGAGAAUCGCUACCUAUUGUAUAAAAGACGGAAUUCUUCCCCUCCGCUUAAUUGAUAAAUUAUUAUUCAUUUAUAAUUAUGUAGAAAUGGCAAGAGUGACAGGGACACCUUUCAUUUACCUUCUUACGAGAGGACAACAAAUAAAAGUCACCUCACAACUCUACCGCAAGUGUAAAGAAUUGAAUUAUGUUAUCCCUAGUACGUAUAUGAAAUCUGCUAGUAAUGAAAAGUAUGAAGGGGCUACCGUUUUAGAACCCAUAAAAGGAUAUUAUACAGAACCCAUUUCGACACUAGAUUUUGCAUCCCUAUACCCAUCCAUCAUGAUAGCACACAAUUUGUGCUACUCCACGUUGGUCAAAAAUACGGCACAGUUAGAGGGACUCAACGAGGAUGAAGUCACAUCGAUUGAAGGAAAAAAUAAUAUCAAAUUUGUUAAGGGAUCCGUUAAAAAAGGAAUCCUACCACUUAUCGUAGAAGAAUUAAUAGAUGCAAGAAAAAAAGUGAAACUUCUAAUCAAAAAUGAAAAAAAUAAAAUUACCAAAAUGGUACUCAACGGAAGACAGCUAGCACUGAAAAUUUCAGCCAAUUCUGUAUAUGGCUACACAGGUGCUGCCUCAGGAGGACAGCUACCCUGUUUAGAAGUCGCAGUCUCCAUCACCACACUAGGCAGGUCUAUGAUUGACAAAACGAAAGAAAAGGUAGAACAGUACUACAAUAAGAGUAAUGGAUUUGAACACAACGCCACCGUCGUAUAUGGAGACACAGAUUCAGUCAUGAUCAAAUUUGGUACCAGCAGCAUUGAAGAAGCUAUGGCCCUAGGAAAAGAUGCUGCACAAAGAAUAAGCAAAGAGUUUCUUCACCCCAUAAAGCUAGAAUUUGAAAAAGUCUACUGCCCCUACCUCCUCCUGAACAAAAAAAGAUACGCGGGACUCCUCUACACCACACCAGAAAAACAUGAAAAAAUGGACUGCAAGGGAAUUGAAACGGUCAGGAGGGACUUUUGCAUCCUCAUACAGCAAAUGAUGGAAACAGUUUUGAAUAAACUCUUAAUAGAAAAAAAUCUUAACAGUGCAAUCGAUUAUACAAAAAGUAAAAUUAAGGAUUUACUCACAAACAACAUCGACAUGAGUCUGCUUGUCGUUACAAAGUCGUUGGGGAAAACUGAUUACGAGACACGACUUCCACACGUGGAGCUGGCAAAAAAGUUGAAGCAAAGAGAUAGCGCCACCGCACCCAAUGUAGGAGAUCGAGUCAGCUAUAUUAUUAUUAAAGGAGUUAAAGGACAAGCACAAUAUGAACGAGCAGAAGACCCACUCUACGUCCUAGAUAAUAACCUAGCAAUUGAUUAUAAUCACUACCUAGAUGCAAUUAAAAAUACACUCUCACGAAUUUUCGAAGUUAUUAUGAACAACUCAGACUCCCUUUUCUGUGGUGAACACACAAGACAUAAAACCAUUCUAACGUCCAGCCAAACUGCUCUCUCGAAAUUUUUACAAAAGGCAGUCAGAUGCAUCGGCUGCAACAGCUCCAUUAAAAAACCCCCCCUGUGCAACCACUGCAAAACCAACAAGGAGUUCUCCAUCUACAUGCAAAAAAUGAAUCAUUUCAAACAUAAACAAAAUGAGUUCUUCCAGCUGUGGACUGAGUGCCAACGCUGCCAGGGAAACCUGCACGCGGAAGUCAUAUGCAUGAAUAGGGACUGCCCCAUCUUUUACAGAAGAGCCAAAAUUAAAAAGGACAUGGCCAACGUGCAGGAACAGAUCAGUGCCCUCCGCGCAGAUUGGUGA